UCACUAUUACAGGAUGAGGAGCACUCUACCCCCACGGCCUCUAUGCCCCAGUGAGCCAUGGCUGCAUACAAGGCGAGGCUGCUGGAGUUCGACGGCCUGCUGCAGGAGGAUGUGAUCGACGUGAAGCGGCUGCGACACCUGUGCUUCAGCGGAGUGCCAGAUGAGGGAGGUCGGCGGGCACUGUGCUGGAAGUUGAUGCUCCACUACCUGCCCCUGGACAGGAGUCAGUGGAAUGACACGCUUAACAAGAAGAGGGCAGAGUACCGGCACUUUGUGGAGGAGAUGGUGGUGGAGCCAGCCAGGCUGAGCAAGAAUGGGAGUGGAAACAACCACGUGGACGACCACCCCCUCAACCCCAACCCUGAGUCACAGUGGGGCUCGUUCUUCAAGGAUAACGAAGUGCUGGCCCAGAUUGAUAAGGAUGUGAGACGGUUGUGUCCUGACAUCAUGUUCUUCCAGCGGGGGACACAAUUUCCCUGCGAAGUGAUAGUGAAUGACCCAGAGGUGGAGAGACUGCAUCGCCGUGUGACUCAGUCCUCCCUGGCCGCCUCUGCUGUCAUCAGGAAAGGUCUCGGCAUCACAAAGAUGGAGUCCUCAAGCCGGAGAUCUGCCCAGACUGAGGACUACCACCCACUCCCGCCUGGCUCAGAGGCCCACUGGGAGGUGGUGGAGAGGAUCCUGUUCAUCUACGCCAAGCUCAACCCCGGCCAGUCCUACGUGCAGGGCAUGAAUGAAAUUAUUGGGCCAAUCUACUACACAUUUGCCAAUGACCCAAACUUAGCCUUCAGAGAAAAUGCUGAGGCAGAUUGUUUCUGGUGCUUCAUUGCCCUGAUGGGCGAGAUACGUGACUUCUUCAUUCGCACACUGGACGACAGUGAGAGUGGCAUCGGGGCCAUGAUGGAGCGACUCAUGGCCAACCUGAGGCACCACGACCACCAGCUGUGGAACCGUCUCAGGACGCAGGAACUCCGGCCACAGUUUUUCAGCUUUAGGUGGCUCACACUGCUGCUGUCCCAGGAAUUUGAUCUUCCAGAUGUGAUUCGAGUGUGGGACUCUCUCUUUGCUGAUGCUGAUCGCUUCAGUUAUCUGAUUCAAGUCUGCACAGCAAUGAUGGUGUCUCAAAGAGAUGUUAUGCUUCAGAAUGAUUUUGGUUCCAAUAUGAAGAUCCUCCAGCACUACCCACCAGUGGACGUACAGGUGCUGCUGAGCAAAGCUACAGAGUUGAAGGAAGGCGGCGUGACCCCUGGCGACGUAUCCCCCCAAGAGGAGUCAAGUUGACCCCCAGAAGAGCAGGACAGCGAUGCCAGUCGGUAGUAUUAUUGGAGCCUUUCAUCGGGGCACCAUGAGUGGGGUAUGAUUCCUUAUUACACUUGUUAUUCUCAUUAUUUAGAGAUUUUAUCCUGGGUUGUGGGUGAAGGGUCUGGCUUGAUUACUGGUAAGGAGCUUUGGUGGUCUGCACAGCUGAGUAGGCCGAGAGACAAAUGGCUGGCUGCGUUGUGCUGUGGCAGUGCACUCCUUCCUUCACGUGGUUUUAUAUUCAGAUCUGUUGUUUCAAGGAUUUGUAGUAACAAGUUUUUUGUGAUAUUUUUUUCCAUACAAGAGCUUCUACUUAAUACAUAUUUUGCCACAAUGUCUCUGUGGUGGAAAAAUCUUAAUUCAGUGUAACACAAUAUUUGCACAAAGAAAAUGUACUACUUAGGUUAGCAUUUGAGUAAUUGCAAAUGUUUGCUUUCAGUACCUUCAUUCAUAUUCACUUAACAGGUACACAUUUCAGUGGUUCAGCAUACAAUAUGAGUUUUUUUCAUCUCUUUUGGUACCAGUCAAAGUUUUUGUCCUUUGUUAAAGGGAUAGGCUCUCUAUCCUUCCAAAGAGCUAUGAUUAAGCCUAACCAUUUCUACGGUUAUUGAUCUUCAUUUAUUGCCUCUAUCCUCUUAGUCUUUUUCCUGUUUACAAUCUGUCAUGUGGAUUCAUGAAUAUCUUUGCUGAAUGGUUUACUGUCAAGCCACUGACUGGUUGUCAUACAUAUUUUUAUAAUCAAAACUGCACAAUGCCCUGAUUUGCCUAUUAUUAUUAUUAAUAUUCUUAUUGUUAUUAUAAUUAUUAUUAUUGUUUAUCAUUGUCAUCGUCAUUGUUAAUAGUUCAAGUGCUGGUGUACAGUUUGGUGGCGUCAAGGCAGCACCACGGGGUACACAGCAUGUGUUGGAGGAGCCUCAGUGAGGGCUGGGGAGGUGACUGCUCAGGCUUGUCUGCUGCAACAGGCGGGUUACUGAGUUCACUUUCACAAUCAUUUAUAAUUAUAGUUACGUGUAACUCUACAAACUAUGCCAGUGUUGUGACUUUUGUACAAUUUUCUAUGUACUACUUAUCAAAAAGUCUCAGAGACUUGUGACCCUGAUUUACAGGUGUCAGGGGUAGGAGUAGUUGGUUAUAUCGAGUGUUAGUUGCUUCCAAAUCAGGAAUAUGUGAUAUAUUAUUGUUAAUAUUCAUAUACAGGCAAACUUUCUGAAUCCACAUACCUUAAAGUCCAUUCUAUUCAUAUAUGAUAAAUUUGAGGCAAAAGAAGAAAUGAUCUUUUGCAUCUGUAUGUACAAGUAAACCUUGCCAACACAGUGGUGUCUCACACCCCUUCAGGGCAGCACAUCAGGCUGCCUGAGAUAGGACACUUUCCUCAUAACCUGUGCUUUGUAGUUAUGACAAAUGGCUUUAAUUGCUCAUUGCUCUUUGCCAAGCUUGCUAUGUAUGGGAAACUGCUCAUCUUCAGCCAUGGUUUGCUGUCAGACUUCUCACACACUUGCAGUCACAUGUUUUUAAUGACUGUUUCUUUAUUUGUGAUUUUUGAGGAGCUGCUUCGGCCAAGGAGAUGAUGAUAGUAAUGUUAUUAAAGCAAUGUGAGGUGGAUACACAGAGUUAUAAAGUCCAAUCAGUACAUCCACAUCUUCACAAAAUGGGACAUUUCCUCCCAUCUUUACAUCUCAUGGGCAAGAGAGUCUCCCUGGAUUGGAUGUUGUUGAUCAAAACACCAGGGCACCUAUACAGGUGCCCUGUGCAUUAAGAUCCAGAAAGCAACAAGAAAGUGUGUCAAGUGCAAAUUCAUGGGAAGUCCAAGGUUGUACCUGUAGUUUCCCUCACCAGCCAGGCCAGCACAUUAAAUGUGCCAUUAUGUGUCCCCCUCCCCUAUUUAUCAAAAACAAAAAGCUGUGGAAUAAGCUGCUCAAUGAUGCUGUACGGUACUCAAUUGUCUGAAAUCUUGCUGUUUAGCAUGCACAUUAUCUAAAUUUGAUUGAUCUGUUGUGUCAGUAAAUUAUUAUGGUUUCAGUAUUGUACAGCUCAGUUGGCUGAGGAGGCAGGUAUGUGGAUCACCAAGUUCGACCGUGUAGGUAUGAAAAUUUAUGGCAGGUCUUCAAGUACCGAAAUAGCAAUAAAUCUAUUGAUUUUGUAUAAGUGAAGAAAAUGUUUCUUCAUGUUAUUUUUAAGCAUUUAUAUUUGUAAACAAACAUACAUAAAUUUUGUUAUAGAAUACUUUUUAAAUUUGAUAAAUCUACAAACAAUGGCUAUAGUGUCAUGCACACCUCAGCAUGCUGAUAGCUUCUUCAGUCUUUCAUGUAUUCUCACUCAUCACUCAUUUACCCACAUGUCUCAGUCAGGUUAACAGGAUCUGAUCUUCAGGGUACUUGUAUGCCACACAUUUGCUUCCAGUAGAAGAAGACCAAACAAUUUAGAAAUAAUAUAAGCAACUUUAAGGUCCUGAUUAAAUCAAGGAGCUCCUAACAUUUUGGAGCAAGUUGUUUGAUUUACACAAGUCUUGCUUAAAUGAAAGGGUGACUCUAGAGACAGUAAGAACACAGCUACACAACACACAGGGAUGAAUAGGGCCUUCUAUUUAUAAAUAAGGUAUAUCAAUAGUUUUGAAUCAUCCUGUGGCAUCAGUUAUUUUAGUGCAGGUCCAAGCAAAGUGGCACAACUCAAAAUUCUCCAACUUUCUUAUCCCUGUGAGUAGUUUUCGUGAGACACCCCACAGUUUGACUGCCAUACACAGACAUAUACAUACUCCUGAAGAAUGAGGAAGUACAUGGUGAACACUGGAUAAGCCAUGACACACCACAAGGCAAACAUUUUUCACAAAUCAGACCACAUAUAUUGUUAGGAGUUAUAAAACAGAAGAAAAGGCUGUAGUUAUGAAUUGAAAGGACCAUUGUGCAUCCUGGAAGAGAUUACAAGUAAACAGAACUGGAAUUAUGUACUUUCUGCUCAAGUUAUUAAAGAAAAAUCAAAUAAAAAUGUGAUCCAAACUUAAUACAAGGAACUUGCAUCAAUGUGAUACUUCACCUGAAAGUAUAUUAUAUAUGCUGACAUGUAUGUAGGCUGCCCAAUUUCUUCUCACUCAUAAUGUUCCUAGGGAAAGGCAUGUGCCCAAGUUAACAUCUAAAGAAAUUUGCCCUUCAAACAUUCCUUGGAUGUUUUGGUAUCAUCUCCAUGCACAAAUAAUGACCUCUUACAAGUAUUUGCCAGCCAGAGGAACUCUUACAGGCAGAAGUGACAAACCUGUGGGGUCUCAUGGCAAGUAUAUACUGAAAGUAUUAAUUAAAUAUAUAAGGGUAUGGUGCUUGGCUGGCGACCAAAUGUUUGAGAGUUUGAUCCUGUUUCACAGCAGCCUUUUCGUGAGAGAGGCAACGCUCUCUUGUAACCUUAGCAGAGCCAUACGGUCUUAGCCACCUAGCUCAGGGGAUGCUUUAUAACUUUUUUUUUAUAUAAGGGUUGUCAGAGGUCUAUUGGUAAGCCUAUGCAAGGUGCUAGUUCAGUUUCAUCACUUGCCACUGCAUCUCUUAUGUUUGCACUAAAAACUACUGGCUUGCAGGCUAUGUUUGUAAGAUGUUCCUGUUUAAAUAGAGAGCUUUGAUAAAUGCUCAGUUAUAUGCUAAGUUUAAUGAUUUAAGACUGUAUUCCAUAGAAUGUAUUGAGAAUCAUACUCAGAGAAUUUUCAAAUAUGUUAUUUUGUGAUCUGCAUUUGUGAUUGUAACUUAGUGAUGAAAAGUAUUUGUAACUGCUGCUCCAGCAAGUGUGAGGUGAGGCAGAGAAUGGGAUGUGUGGUUCAGAGAAGCUCAAUACCUUACUUAUAUGGACCGAGUGUACGCAAUUGUUCACUAAUAACCUUGAUUCUGUGUCCACAAAAAAGUUCUCUAUCACCAUGUCCAGCACUUCAUUGCACUUUCUGGCACAGCCCCAGAGCGAGGGGCUGGACAGCCUCCUUCCUUUGAUGCUCUGCUUAGUAAGUUGUAACAUUACAUGACUUAGGCAAAGUCUACAUUUCAAAGGCUUUGAUUAACUAGAAAGGAAAAAAUUACAUGGUGAAGUUGAACACCAGACAGUUGUGAUUAAUGUACAAGAAAUGAAGCAAUGUUCUUGUGAACAGUGUGUGCUGUGAGAGAAGUUUUCAGUCCAGUUUUUACAUGCUGCAAACUGUAUAUUUUUUUAAAAUGGUGUAACUAGUGCUGUUCUUUUGGAACAAUUAAACCUUUAAUACUGAAGUUUUAUAUGAUGCUCUGAGAUGUAAUGCUGUUGCAUUUUAAAAUAUAGCAUAGUAUGAUUUCAUUAUAUAUGUGGAGAGUUAUAGGCUACAAUUUUUAAUGUCAUAUUAGCUUGACAUGCUUCAGUUCUUGUGUAUGUAAAAACCUUUACUUAAAAUGUAUAGAUUCAAAUAUUGCAAUCUGAUGUGUUAGGAAACAUCUUAUGUGUGUAGAAUGUCUAAACUUAGGAAUGGUAAAGAAAUAGAACUGGUAGUUCCAAUGCAAAGUUUUGCACAGAGUUAAUAGAUGCUCAUGUUAUUUUCCUAACUUCGCAAAUUCACUGAAUAUUUAGGAUUACUAAACAGUGCUGCAAUCACUGUGUGCUCAGAGCCUGUGGAUGCUGCAUGUGGGCUGAGAUUUAGGGCUGUGAUAACUAUAUAUACCUAGAGCAUAUCAACACAAGCUAAUGCACUCUUCAAAGUUCAAUGCUGAUAAAAAAACAGUUGUCUGUCUUCUAUAUUGUUACUCUCCAGCUACCCUUUGUGACUGGUAGUGAUUGGUUGCACCAUUGUCAAUAAUUAAGUUGUAAGAUAUUGUACAUAGCUUGUCUCACCAUGAAUGUAUUUAACAUCAUAAAGGGAGAAAGCAGUACGUAUGCAGCAUUAUUUGUAAACAUUGUAAUCCUUAUCUGGUAAACCAUCUUCCUCACCACUGUGAUGAUGUACUACUUAUUUGUCAACACUGCAUUUAUAUAUUGAAAAAAUAGAUGCUACAUGAUUUCUUGGCAAUAUACUACAGCUUACAUUUA